CAAGGGAGGGAGGGAAGAAAGGGGGGAGGAUCUGUCUAUGAACUGAAUUGGGAUAUCACCUCGUAAAUGAGUAGGUAUCUCUGCUAACGUAUCACCAGUAUAUUCCAUAUAUAGAAAGUACAUGUGUUUGAAGAAGAAAUCUUUCAGCUAAUAUUUUAUAAAGCUUCAAGUAAAAGCAAAGUACAUAAAACAUGUCUUUUGGGCAGGGCAGUAUGCCUGUAGUCCCAGCUCCUUAGAAGGCUGAGGCAGGAAGAUCACUUGAGCCCAGAAGUUCAAGUCCAGUCUGGGCAUCAUAGGGAGACCUCCAUCUCCACGGAGGGGGAAAAAAAAGGCCCUGUUAAAGAAAACAAAAACAAAAAAACAAGUGUUUUAUAACUUUAAAGGUUAAUUUUCCGGGUGGGGGAAGCUGAGUGCUGAGACCAAGGGCUAAAGCUGGGAGACUGAAAAAAUGCAGACCACCAGGGUAUUACUCAUUUCUCCAGCUCUGAUCUGCUGUUGUACCAGGGGUCUAAUCAGGCCUGUGUCUGCCUUCUCCUUGAAUAGCCCAGAGAAUUCAUCUAAACAGCCUUCCUACAGCAGCUCCCCACUCCAGGUGGCCAGACGGGAGUUCCAGACCAGUGUUGUCUCCCGGGACACUGACACAGCCGCCAAGUUUAUUGGUGCUGGGUCAGCCACAGUUGGUGUGGCUGAUUCAGGGGCUGGCAUUGGAGCGGUGUUUGGCAGCUUGAUUAUUGUCUAUGCCAGGAACCUGUCUCUCAAGCAGCAACUCCUCUUCUAUGCUAUUCUGGGCUUUGCCCUGUCUGAGGCCAUGGGGCUCUUCUGUUUGAUGAUCUCCUUCAUCCUGUUCGCCAUGUGAGGCUCCGUGGGGGUCACCUGCCUGUCCCUGCAGCUGCAACUCCACGCCAUUCCUGGUGCUGGGGUGUGCUAAGCUUUACCAUUAAACACAGCAUUUCUCUAAAUAAAUAAAUAAAUAAAGGUUAAUUUUCAUAAUA